AAAGCGACCUUUUCAGAAUGAAUCCGUAUAAUUCGAAACCGGUUUGCGUCACGCGUUUAGAUCGUCCCGCAGACGUACUCGCGCCGUCAUGUUCGGGAACGAGCAGCCGGUUUGUUGUCGGAGGGCGUCACGCGUUGCAGCUAGUAAGGCUGGUACUUGCUUGUCUGUUUAUAAUUUGUUGGGAAACUUACUGUCUUCUUUGUGCAAAAGUAAAAUAGUUUCGAGGAUUCUAUAUUAACCAAUAAUUCGUUCCGAGGCCGAGGCUGUGUCUUACGUGGAUGUGGCUGCGAUGCUGUAGUAGGGAAAAGAGUGAGUUUAAUAUAGACUACAAAAAGACCAAGAUUUUCGCUACCACUACAAAGUCCAAAUUAGUAAACCUCCCUUUCUCUACUUCUCAGACUCAGACGGGAGCGCAUGCCUUGACUGAAGACGACUCUUCGAGAGAUAUGUCAUUGUUUUGUUCCUUCGCGUCCUCGCGAUCGCAUUCACAGGAGAGCCAAGUGGGUAGGGGGUUGUCAAAGUUAAGGCUUUCGAAAUAUUUCCGACUGUCUAUAUAUGACGCAGGGCCGGACGGUCCCCAUGCCUCCCCCCCCCUGUGGUAUGGUCUGUGGUGGCGUCCGCGCGCGCUCUUUUCCGCGCGGAUUUUUCGCGGAUUCUAGUGGUGGAAGGCGUCAAAACUUGGCGCGGGCCUCCCCCUGGGCCUCUCAGCGUGUUCCCGAGGGACCUCCGCAACUCUGCUGGCCCUCGCAGUCGGGAGGCCUCCGGGGUAAAAGGCCGCCGGAGGCGGCCACGGUCGCAAGAGCAAGCAAGCCGACGACCAAGGGCCCGGAGGGUACAGGCGGCACGGCUCACGGGGUCCAGCCCCUCGCCUUUUGCCACCUUCGGAGGCCUUCCGCUGCCGGUGCACUGCUGCGGCGGCGAAGCCUAGCGGAUGCACUUAGGGCACAGGCAGGCACCUGGGCGGGGGCGCAGGCGGUCCCCUGGGCCCCUUUUGAGGCCUUCCACCCCCGGCAGACGCCUGCAAAAGGGGCCCAGUGCGCACGCUACCCCCCCCCCGCUAGGGGGGGGCACCGUCGCCCCGCGCCCUGGCACAUUUAUCAGAGCAGUUUAUAGCACGCAUGGCGCAUGGAGUGCAUGGAGCCCAGAUCUCCAAGGGACGCAAGAAGCGCCCCCUUUAGCUCCAUGCGAUCCAUGCACUCCAUGCCGUGCGAGCUGGCAGACUAACCUUAUAAAUUACUCUGAUAUAUGAUUUAAUUUGGAGUUCUCAGUCACUUCUUGGAAGAAAAAUAGAACUACUAAAACCAAAAUUUAGAUGAUUUUGCAGAACUUCUUAUGGAACACAGCUUCUUGGAUUAUUGAGUUGAGUCAUGAUAAAGGCGCUUUUCACGACACUAGCGUACUAAUAGUAUUAAAGCCGAGAGCUCUAAUAAUGACAUCGUCAUCCACGGGUCAGUUUCUCGACGAACUUUCAAGGGACCAGAUGCGGACGCGGGCUUCGACCAUGUGCAGCACAAGCGGAAGCUCUUACAAUUCUCUUAGCGGGACAACUGUAUGGCGAGUGCAGAUCAAGCACUCGUGACUAUUGAAUGUGCAAUGAUGUCGCGAUUACAGCUAUCAUGUGCACUGGUGAGAAUAGGAAAGUCCUCGUGGAGGCACGGAGAAGAUCCAGAUUUUGAACUAGAAGAUUCCCCGGAAACCAUUCAUUGGAAAGAAUUAGCUACUUGGUCCAUCUUCCCCUCUUUCAUGAUUGCCUCCUGGGGCUUCCAUUGCCGCAGCCGCAGUUGUCGAGGUGCCACGUGUGAGCACCGCUUAUGGGGGGUUCCGCAGUGUCACAAGUAUGGAUCACGCGGGUCUGAGAUCGGGGUCUCCACCAGAGCAUUAUACCUACCAUGGCGCUGGCACCUCCCAGCAGGGCCUUGCUAGUCUCGCUGCUGCUUCGCGACCGAGGGGGCUGUACCGCACCGAGAGUUUUCAGCGGAAGAUACAGGAAGGGCGGG